GGAAACCCUUUCCAGCGGGAGGGGGUUCUCUUAGGCUGCCGCGGGGCUAAUGUUGGGCACGGGGAGCCUGCUCCUACAGCCAUGGAUUCGAGAGCUGAUCCUGGGCCCAGAAACACUGUCUAGUCCACGAGCCGGGCAGCUGCUCAAGGUGCUCCAGGACUCAGAGACUCCGGGCCCAUCUUCCGCCCCUGACACCCCUGACACUGGGGCUGUGUUGCUUGUGUCAGACGGAACCCACAGUGUCCGAUGCGUGGUGACGCGCAAAGCCAUCGACACCUCCGACUGGGAGGAGAAGGAAUUCGGAUUCCGCGGGACAGAGGGCCGGCUCCUGCUGCUGCAGGACUGCGGAAUCCGCAUACAGAUUGCUCAGGACCAUGCGCCUGCUGAGUUCUACCUCCAGGUGGACCGCUUUAACCUGUUGCCCACCGAGCAGCCCCGGGUACAGGUGACUGGUUGCAACCAGGAUUCAGAUGUGCAGAAAAAGCUCAAUGAAUGCCUUGAGGACCACCUUUCAGAGUCGGCUUCGUCCAGUGCAGGCCUCACACUGUCUCAGCUUCUGGAUGAGGUGAAAGUGGACCAGGACCAUCGGGGGGCCCUAGUGCGCCUAGCUGAGAGCUGCCUAAUGCUAGUGGGCCCUUGUACAACAACCCCCCUCACUCACUGGACUGCUUCUUGCUGCCAGGCCACGGGAGAAGCCGUGUUUACUGUGUCUGGUUUAUUACUGCAUAUCUCUGAGAAUGAGGAGCAAAUCCUGCGCUCUAUAAGCUCAAGUCAGAAGGUCCAGGAAACCCCCGAUUCACUCAGCCACAUACCACUGGAGGAAAGCGGUGCCAGCGUUAGCCUUCUGUCUGCCUUGGCUCCAUUGGACCCUGGGCAGAACAGCUUCCAGCCUCCACCAGCUGUUUGCUCAACCUCCCCAAGACCUGAGGCCCCCAGUUCCCCAGCCGGCAGCUCUACCCCCAGCUGCACCCCCAGUUUCUCCCCCCUUAGCCAUGCUCUCAGUCCAAACAAGGCCCACGUGAGCAGAGCCCGAGAUCAUAACGUGGAGAUGAAGGCGCUCCAGUGGCCCAUCAAGAAACGGCAGCUCUUCCGAAGAACCGGCGCUAAGGGAGCCCAGGAGCCCUGCUCUGUGUGGGAGCCCCCAACGAGGCACCGUGAUGCUUCCGCUUUCCAGUAUAAGUAUGGCACACCGUCUGCCUCUCUCCACGCUCAGGUGCAGGCUGCCAGGCUCCCUCCUCACCUUGCAGCUUGGGCCUUGAACUUGGUUAUGGAGUCAGAGUCUGAGUUCACACAGGUCUGAGGAGUCACUUGGACCGGUCAGAGGUGUAUGGACAAACACUAUUCCACACUCUUGUUUCAUUCAAGUUUUUUAAUAAAAUAAUUUCAUGCGGCAGGAGAAGAGAGGAUCAGGGGUU